AGUUGGCUCAAGACUAAAGAAACAAGAGCAAGGCGAAGAGGACUUCAGAGCACAGGGGGGGCUGGACUUUUGGAUACUGACCACUUUGAGUUGGAGCUGCACGGAUGUUUUAAAGGAGCUUUUAACUGGAACUCUGGGAUUACUCAUCGGAUGCAGACAGCUGGAGAAGUUUUUGGCUCAGGACCUGAGGAGAUAUGGCUAAUGCAGCUCUGUGGUGCCUCCUGCCUCUUGGUCUGCUGCACCUGGUGGCGUCCUCAGGUGUGUUUGAGCUGAAGGUUCAUGCAUUUAGCACAACGCGCCGCUAUUGCAGGCGGCCUCGCGACUGCAACAUCUUCUUCCGUAUCUGCCUGAAACACUCAGAGGAUGUCAUUUCCGCUGAUCCUCCUUGCACCUUUGGCACAGGACAGACAGGCGUGAUGAGGGCCGAGCACAGUGCCAUCGCCAACAGCGCCGCCAUUCGUGUGCCUUUUCACUUCAAGUGGCCGGGAACAUUUUCUUUGAUCAUUGAAGCCUGGAAUGCAGAGUCACCCAAGGAGCAUCCUGACCACACAGAGAACCAGAAUAACUUGAUAAGCCGUUUGGCAACACGUCGACGGUUGGCUAUUGGUGAAGACUGGUCCCAAGAUGUCCAUUUUGGUGAACAGAGUGAACUGCGCUACUCCUACCACGUUUUCUGUGACGAGUUUUAUUACGGAGAUGCCUGCUCAGACUACUGCCGGCCUCGGGAUGACACACUGGGCCACUACAACUGCGACGAAAACGGGAACAAAGAGUGUCUGGAAGGCUGGCAGGGAGACUACUGCUCUGACCCCAUCUGCUCAGCCGACUGCAGCGAGCGUCACGGUUACUGCGAGUCUCCUGGGGAGUGUAAGUGUCGUCUGGGCUGGCAGGGCCCUUCCUGCAGCGAGUGUGUGAGGCACCCGGGCUGUCUGCAUGGCACCUGCACGCAGCCGUGGCAGUGUGUGUGUAAGGAAGGCUGGGGGGGACUCUUCUGCAACCAGGACCUGAACUACUGCACCAACCACAAGCCCUGCGCUAAUGGGGCCACCUGCACCAACACCGGCCAGGGCAGCUACACCUGCACCUGCAGACCCGGCUACGGAGGCACCAACUGUGAGCUGGAGAUAAACGAAUGCGACUGCAACCCCUGCAAGAAUGGUGGCAGCUGUAACGAUUUGGAGAACGACUACUCCUGCACAUGUCCUCAGGGUUUCUAUGGUAAAAACUGUGAAAUAGUGGCCAUGACGUGCGCAGAUGACCCGUGUUUUAAUGGAGGAACAUGUGAAGAGCGCUUCACCGGUGGCUACGUGUGCCGCUGCCCUCCGGCCUACACCGGCUCCAACUGCGAGAAGAAACUGGACCGCUGUAGCAACAAACCCUGCGCCAAUGGUGGUGAGUGUGUGGAUGUGGGCUCCUCCGCCCUGUGCCGGUGUCGUCCCGGUUUUUCCGGCCCGUUCUGUGAAAUGAACGUGGAUGACUGCUUGCAUUCACCUUGCCAGAACUCAGGCACCUGUGUGGAUGGAGUUAAUGAUUACACUUGUUCCUGCACGCUGGGCUUUACUGGCAAAAACUGCAGUGUGAGGGCCCAUGCUUGCCUCACACACCCCUGCCUGCAUGGUGGAACCUGCUACACACACUUCUCCGGUCCUGUGUGUCAGUGUGUGCCAGGGUUUAUGGGGCCUAGCUGUGAGUUUCCUGUCCUGGAGCGCACUGCGUCUGCUUCAGCCGCUGCUGCUGCUGCUGCUGCAGCUGCAGCCCGAAGUCCCAAGAGCUCAUCCCCGUCCACUGUGGCCGCAUCAUGUGUGCUGGGAGUGCUAGCUGUGUGUUUGGGGGUGUGUGUGGGUCUGGUGGUGCUGAGGCGCAGGAGGCAGAGGCUCAGGAGGCGGCAGCUUUGCGAUUCCGUCUUCAAUGACCUGGAGACGGUCAACAACCUGGACAGGCAGCAGCAGUAUCCCUAUGAACGAGACUUCCUGACCAGGGCGGUCAGCCAGGCAAAGCCCAGCAACACUGAAGCCAGACUCAGCUGCCCUCUAGCCCCAGCACACACACUUCCAGCAGGAAGGGACUUCCUGUGGAGUGCAGGAGGGGUGGGGCUAAGAUAAAGCACAAACAUACACUCAAACUCACAAACACAUACACACUCAUCCAGUUUGAGAAAAAUAGAUACACAAAAAAGACAUAAUCAGUAUACAAAUAAAGCAGGGGGUAGUUUUAUUCAAAGCAGGAUUGUUGGUGUCAGAAGAGGUGAAGUUUUGAAGUUGACUAGUUAAUAAGCAAACAAAAAGAGGAUUGUAGCCACUCAGGUGUUAGCAUGAUGCAAACUGCAUGCCAAAAUCAUCACACACUUACCUCAAAUCAUCUCCAACAGACUUGCUUAUGUGGCGUAUGUGUGACAAGUAUUUAAAUAAAAAAUGGCUACAAAAGUCUGUUAGCUAAGCUAAAAGAUAUAUCAGCAGUCAUGUCACCACUUGUAUGGAUAUCAGUGUUACACAGAAACAACAAUAACCUUCAUUAUAUUGUAGGUACACUAAAUGUAAUCAAUUAGCCAAAAUGAGCUUUGUGUCUGAAGAAGUUAGCUUAUUCAGUUUUUUUUUUACCAAAGCUAUGAGGCUAAUGUAGCUAAUAAACAAUGAAAAGAGGUUUUCAUUCCAAACUGAACAAAUUACUCAUAAUACAUUCACCGCAAACUAUGUGAAGAUAUUCAGGAAUCACUAAUCACUAAAGUUUCUCAUCUACACAGAUAACCUAAGACCAAAGUCAGUCUUUAGUUUUGCCUCAAGUCUGUCCAGCUAAACAAAUCCUGCUUUGUGCAAAACACCUCCCGCUUGGUGAAAUAUGCUCUAAAACACACACAUACAUGCAUAUAUAUACACCUACAGCCAAGAACGGACCAAGGGUUAAAAAAUGUGAAAUUAGCACUUCUUUUUUCCUCUCCUCGUUUCCAUUUUAUUACAGUGGCUGAAAGAAUGAAUGAUGGAAUGAAUGGGUGAAUGAAUGAAUUAAUAAAGUGAAGAUGAAUAAAUACAGAUAAGAAAGUGCGAGAAGGAGGACUUGUUGAGUAUUUUAAGUGCCCUGUCCCAACAGAGGGCUUUUAAAGGGCAUGAAGGAUCUUUUCCAUCAGUGCUGAUGGAGGGAUGGAGUUUAGACUCCAAAAACCAAAAAAAAAAAAAAGAA